UAAAAACAAAAUUUAUAAAUGCACCUUGUGUUUGAUUACCGGUAGAAUACACUUUAGAGUCGAAGUCUAAAUAAUUGUUCAAAUUUCUUUAGAAUCUGAAGUUUAAAUUAUUAAACUCCAAAAUUAUUUUGCUGUAUAAUUAAAGUUGCGCUCGGAUUGUUAACCUGUAGCUUCGUGACAAGUGUCUUCGUAAAAAUUGUCAAGAAGUCAGAAUGCCUACGAUUAUUGCAUUGGAUGUGUCUUUGUCAAUGCAACGGCAGAUUCCGGGGCGCAGCGAAGAAAAUUCACUCACUUAUCACCAGCUGGCGCUGAAAGGAAUCUCACAACUGCUGGAACAUUUGUCGGCUACAUCGAAAUUGGAAUAUGUUUCACUCAUUACCUAUUCAUCGACUUUAGAGGUAAAAGUUGACUUUACUCGGGAUUACGAUGUAAUUCGCCAGGCGGUUAAAAAGGUGGAACCUGGCGACAAACUAUGUCUCAUAAGUAUGUUAAAAAAUGUGGCCAGUAUUUUGUCUACUAACUGGGGCACACAAAACUACUGUCAAGUUGUCGUAUUCACGGACUGUGGUUUGGGUUUUGGCAGCACGGCACUUAAAGAGUUCUUUAAAAGUUACGUGGACAAGGAAAAUGAUGCUGCAUUUGAUUGGAUUACGCAGCUGAAAGCAGUGAAGUUGAAUUUUGUUUGCAUGGGUGUUCAUAAUGAUUAUUACUUCACACGUGCAAUACUUUUAUAUCAGCAGCUUAUUGACUUCACUGGUUUGAAAGGUCAGCUUUACAUGCCGAAAUCUCCAAAAGAUGCAGUUGAAGCGACGGAAAAUGCAAACGAUACAAGCAAAUCCGCAGCUAAUACUAGUGCUGGCACGUCAAUGGCAACCACGACAACUCAUUCAACCCAUAAGAGUGAGUUAGGUCGCACUGCUAUGUUCGAGCUAAUUGAGCGCGUUUGUGAGACUAAUUUUAAACCUUAUGAAGUGAUAUUAAAAGUUGGUGGUUACUUCCGUUUGGAAUGCCCCGUACUAAUUUGGCCCCCACCGGCGCUAUAUAAAACUGAAGGUGGUGUAAAAAACGAGUUAAAGAUAGCUCAGAAAAUCGAAGUAAGCGGUUAUUUGUCGCUUUCUGAGAUUGGUUCUCCGGCUUCUCUAAGUCGUCAUUUAGUCAUUCCAAAAGUAGACCGGGAAAAGCCAACAAGACGUUCGUCUGAGAAAUCCGGUUCAUCAAAAUCUUCAUCAAGCGGAAAUGCAAGCGUUAAUACUAAACCCGUUUUAGAUGUAAACCAGCCAAAUUAUGAGUAUGAAAAACUGGAACAGGAUAUCCGCGAUUUCUACACAAAAGAAGUUAAAGACGGUGAUGAGAGCAGUGAGGAUGCCGAGGCAAAUCUCAGUAAAUCUAAUAGCGGCACAGUAACUAGUGCUGCAGAGAAGGAGUCAAUGUGCGUAUUAUUGCAUGGCGCUAUGAAAGUGGAAAACUUAGCGGCAUUAGUCUUACUAAAUGAUAAUUGGUACGGCUUUUUAUAUUCCUAUGCUGAUAGUAAGAAAAAGUCGAAUUUAAUGCUAAACAUCUUACCGCCGGGAAAUAAUGUUAUUCCUUGGUUGGGUGAUCUGCAACUAUUAGGAUUUGUUGAAGAUCUAAUGCCUGGGGAAACAAGUGCGUUCCCGGUUAAAGCCGAUAAGCGUUCAUAUUCACAAAGUUGUGUGGUGUGGAUUAAACAGGUUAGUCUGCAGUCUGACGUACAAAAAGUGCUGCGCCAUGCUAAGAAAAUGCCAGAAAAGACGCAGCAUUUCUUUAAGGAAUUAAAUCGCAUACGGCGUGCCGCUCUGUCUAUUGGCUUUGUCGAACUACUCGAAGCUAUGGCCACACUUUUUGAAAAGGAAAGCGCACAACUUACGAUGGGUUCAAAUCCAGAAAGCAGCUUACAGCUAAAACAUGCUGCCAUCGAAUUACGAAAACCAUCCAAUCGUGAUCUAAAGGUGUCGAUUGUACCCUUGCAAAAAUUCGGAGCAGCGGGUAGUAACACUGAAAAUGCAACAACGGCAGUAUCUGGUUUUGUGUAUUAAGAAAUAUAUACUUGUAUUUUAAUAUUAGGACAAGAAUAAUUAUGCGUCUAGAAAUAUAUUACGUUUGUACAUACAUA